AUGAUCACGCUGCUGUCCCAGAACCCUGUAGAUCUCGGACACUUGGAGCUGUUCAAUCGGAACUUGCUCGUCCACAAGUUCGAGGUAGAUGUGCUUCCGAGGGAAACUGGGGAAGAGAAGUUGGUCAUUAAUGGGAUCGAGGAGAGCUAUGGGCAAGGCUGCAAGCAGAGGUUGCAGAUUCGAAUCAAGGCGGCAGUCCAGGACAACCGCCCGGGAGCCGAGACGAAGGAGAGAGGCGUGAUACACGUCGACUUCAUGUUUGGUAGAACAGAAACGCCGGGCAGUGAUGAAGAGCAUGCGAUGUCAACACACAUGGUGGUAGUGGAUGAGCAGACGAACUUCUGUCUUUGUGUGCCAGUAGAAUCCAAAGCGGCUCAUGACUUGAAGAAUGCGACUGAGGAAGUGGUGAAGCUAGGAGCGGUGCUGGGACAUUCAGAGCUAGUGAUCCGAGGUGACAGCGAGCCAGCCAUGAUCCAGUUCCUCAAGACCGUGAGUGCGAGCAGAUCGAGGCUGGGAUUGGGAACUAAGAUCGAAGUGGCACCUCCGGAUUCACAGCUGCACCAUGGGUUGAAAGCUGAGCGCUUCAUUACCAUAGUGAGAUCGAUGGAAAAGUGUUUGUUGGCUUCGAUAGAAGAAAAGACAGGAGGGAUAGGAGGUGGAAUUACUCCUGAAGGCGGUUCAGUGAUGAGCACGGAUUCACCUGAGAUGCUUCCUGAUGCCGAAAUGGAGAAUGCGAGUCAGGUGGUAGAGCUUGAGGGAUACAUGCUUAGAAGAGUCGUGGGCACCAGUCACCCUACAAACCACGAAGAUGAGAUCGAGAUAGAGGGUUUAGAGGUGGACCUACCAAUCGAGAGCAUGGAGCAGGACUACGAGAAGGGGCUUGAGGGGCAAAGCGUUGAGGAUCACGAAGAAUUGCCUUGGAAGGGUAGAACGUAUGAAGAGGGUCCUCCUCAACUAAGCCAGCAAGAACUGGAAGAGUUGGACAGAAGGAUGGAUGACGUUGAGUAUACCAGGUUGGAGAAGAUGGGAGUCCUGAGACCCAUGCAACGUGAAGAAGAUGGUAAGGGCAUGGUGUGUUUGAAGUCGAAGACGGUGCGCGAGAAGAGGGCGAGCAAACUGCUGGGCAACUUGAAGAAGUCGGGCCUUAAGCUCAAGAUAGAAGGACCGAUAGAUCCGUUUGGAGGACAAGGGCAUUUCUUGAAGCGUUUGUUUCAAGGGAAGGAUGGCAGCAUCAGGGUGAUCCCAGAGAAGAGGUACGUGGAGAAGUUGAUCUCAAUCCUGCAGCUUGAGCGCAGCGCGAGCAAAUCGACACCACUUCCCUCAACCAUAAGGUAUCCUCAAGAAGACCCGCCUUUAGAAGGUUCUGCGUACAGCAUGUUCAGAAGCGCUUUGGGUCUUUUGCUCUACAUGGCCAAUGAUGUUCCAGAGAUCCAUUUUGCCAUGAGACUCCUUGGAUCCCGAUGUGCGCAUCCGAGUGAGUAUGACCUUGCAAUCGUGCGACAUGUGGGCAAGUACAUGAAAGGGAGACCUGAGUGGGUGCUCCAGUUGAAGCUCACACGUCCUGGCAGGACAUUGGAACAGCGGCUUCGAGAGUGUGACACUGAAUGCACCAGAGAUCCCGUUAGCGAGCGUGGAAGCUUCAGUAGGUGUGAGCAUGACGUUGAACAUGAACAUGAAGGAGAAUGCAGAUUUGGUACAGGACAUGUCUUAGAAGUGAUCACAGACUCAGAUUGGGGUUCAAGGAUGUUUGGGCGCAAGAGUGUGUCAAGCUAUUCUCUCUACUUGAACGGCAACAUGGUUUUCGUGUCCACCAGGCUCCAAAAGUCCUACGCCCUAAGCUCAACAGAGGCCGAGUGGAUGUCUUCGUUGUUGGGAGUCGCAGACGGCAUCUUUGUCAAGCAAUUCCUUGAAACAUUCCUUGAAUCCGAGGUGAAGCUAGUGCACAGAGUGGACAACUCCGGGGUUCGGGCGCUGGCAGCACGAGAAGGAGCCGGCAAGCUGAGACACAUAGACUUGUCUUAUUUGUGGCUUCAGAAAGAGAAUCGUUCGGGGCACGUUUUGACAAGACCAAUUUCUACGUACGCAUGUCCGUCGGACCUGGGGACAAAACAUUCAAAGAAGCGAAUCCUUUUCCUCCUGGGCUUGAUGGGGUACGUUGACAAUGAGACGGGCAUUUUGGCAGGGGGGAAGGAAGUGAAGGAGUACUUAGUCUCUGCAGCGAUCAAGCAAGGCCAGCAAAACAACAUCUUGAGAGUUCUGCUUGCUAGCUAUUUAGCUCCUGUAGCAAUGGGCUCCGGGAUUGGUGAGCAGUCCGAAAACAAUGCAACGAUUGUGCUCUUUGUGAUCAGCAUUUUCAUUGUCAUGAUCAUAGGGGGGUUUUGUGCAGCCACGUUGGGGUCAAGAGUCCAGCAGCUCAAGUUCGUCAAAAUCUCUAUUGGAUGA